GUCUCUAUGCGAAACAUCUCGCCGCACGUUCCUCUGUGUUUUACGGUGAUUUUAGCGCAGUUUCUUCUCACCAAAUUGUACGGCGCCGCUUUUCACGACUUGCUGAUUCGAGCCAAUUAUCCCAAUUCUGAAACAUCCUUGCACAUUUUUGCAUCCCUUGCUUCUUUUUCAUUCAUCGUUUUGGACGGAGGAGGACCGGGGCAAAGCGGGGACGCGCAGAUGGACUUCGACGAGAGCAAUGCACCUCGCAUGGAAAAAGCGCAGCCUCUACUGCGAACGAUAUCGACAGCGUACGAAGACAUGUAACGUACAGAUGCGGCCUUGUAGCUGAUCCGAUCAGGACAAACGUUGUCGAUAACAAAAAAACCCGCACCACGAGGAGAGCAUAUAGACGAAGAGAAGAGAGAAGGCAAGGUUUUUGGAGACGAGAAAACGUAGCAGAAAACGCGUGGCGCAACAAAACAGAACAAGACACUCGUUGAGAAAUAAAAGACAAGUAGAAGCCGAAUCAUCGACCAAUCAUGACGCAGCAAAGUGGCGCUGGGUCACCCCAGCAGUUCUGUCUGCGCUGGAACAAUUAUCAGACCAACCUGACCAAUGUCUUCGAUCAGCUUCUGCAGAACGAAAACUUUGUGGAUGUGACUCUGGCCUGCGAUGGACACAGCGUCAAGGCUCACAAAAUGGUUUUGUCGGCCUGCAGCCCGUACUUCCAGGCGCUCUUUUGCGAAAAUCCCUGUCAGCACCCGAUUGUCAUCAUGAAGGACAUCAAGUGGCCAGAGCUCAAGGCCGCUGUUGAGUUCAUGUACAAGGGCGAGAUCAACGUCUCCCAGGAGCAAAUCGGGCCGCUGCUCAAGGUCGCCGAGAGUCUCAAGAUCCGUGGUCUGGCAGACGUUAACAGUGAACACGAGUUGACGUCUAGGCCAAAUCUCGAGGAGGCUGCAACCAGGAAGAAGCGCCGCCGGAUGUCCGGCGAGCGAUCGCCGUCCAGUUCUCAUAGUCCAGAACGUGUCGGUUCCGGUAGCAUCGGUCCCGACGAUCAGGAUGUGCUUGGUGGCAACGUUGUCGUACCCGAGAUCCACAAUAUGAUGCCGCCGACAUCCAGCUCGACACCGAGGUCCCUAGGCUCACCCAGCACGCCCACCAUCUCCGUCACACCACAGAUCAACCUGCAGGAGCUUCCGGUCUCGCUGCCCCUACCGCCACCCCCGCCGCCACCGCCGCAGGGACAGCAGAGCUCGCACUCCCUGCCGACCCACCACGUGCCCGGCCACGUGACUUCCGGUCCGCACGCGCCUGUCAACCACCUAGGUGGCCAUGGCCAGCAACUCAGCGUGCAGCAGCAACAACAGCAGCAGCAGCAACAACAACAGCAACAACAGCAACAGCAUCAUCAGCAAGGCGUCGGUAGUCAGUCUGGUGCCGGUGAAGACCUUGAGAUCAAACCCGGUAUCGCGGAGAUGAUUCGGGAGGAGGAAAGGGCCAAGUUGUUGGAGUCGUCCCACGCUUGGCUCGGCGCCUCCACCUCCAGUAUAGCAGCUGACUAUACGAGCCUGCUGAAGCUGAAGGCGCCCACGUGGACGCGGAACGAUCUUCACGAGGCGAUGGAGGCCGUGGUGACCCAGAAGAUGCGCUUUACCCAGGCGUCGACUAAGUACGGCAUCCCCAAGGGCACCUUGUACGACAACAUCCUCGGCAAAUGCAAGAGAAUGAUGAUCCUCGAGAAAGCGAACCUCGACCCGAACGAGGAAACCGCGGUGCUCGAAUUCUGUUGCGAUAUAAGCGUUAGUCCGUACAAUCGGCGCACGAAAAAAUCGUUAAACGCGAUAUUAGACUUUGUCGAGCGGAUCAAGCGGAAGCGGGAUCCGAAAUUCCAGUUCGCCGGCCUGGAAGGCUUCCGUUGGUGGUGGGCCUUUUGUAAGAAACACUCGAUAGUCUCGCUCUACUUUAACGACGAGAACGAGAACGGCGCCGACUCCUCUUAAUGUCGGUCCCGCCGAAGAUCGAGAUCGAUCGCGGAGAGAGACGCGUGGGUUCUUUUCACAGCGUACUAAAAACUAGAGAAAAAUGUUCGUAAACACGCGACGCGAUUUCAUGCGUGAAUUCAUUAACCGCGUAAUUAAACGCGCACGAUGAUUAUGUAAUAUUUAUAAAAUUGCUCGUAUAAGUUGGCGGAUAGAAUUUUGCUUCAACUUCGUCCAGUUCGAUAGAAUAAUAAAUAUUAGCCUUUUUCGACUGAUGUAAUUUUUAAAUAAUCGCGGACAUAAUCCGAGCCGAGAUUUCGCCACGAUUUCGUCUCUCUCCCGAUUCUCUCGCGAAAAUUGCCAGCCGGCGACGGCGAUUCUUUUUUGCCUCGCGCGGACGAUAGGAAAAAUGUGCGGAAAAUUUUAUGUCCCGGCGACAACGAGUUCGUUCGGACGACAUUAAGGCAAAGGGAAUAUAAUAAGCCGGAUUUCGAGCGACGUGCCGUCGCGGCAAUGUGACUCGUUACUCUGCAACUUUUCUUUAUUUACUUUCCCGAAUGCGAUCUGCUGCUACUCGCAUCCUCGGAACCGCCAAUGAUCGACGCGCGUGUUUCGGAAUAAAAAUCACCGCUCGAUAACACUGGUUUGAUUAUAUACAUAUAUAUGUAUAUAUAUAUCUCAAAAUAACACGACGAACGCAAUUUCUUUAAAAAUUGUACGGUUCGUCUUUCCGUUACGUUUGUUACGCACUCGAGCGAUUUUUUAUUCUGUGUCUUCCAAAACCGGAAGUGCGUCAAGUUGGUCGACAUAAUGUUAUAACAAUUAACUUGUCUGUUUUUUUUUUUUUUAUAAAAAAAAAUUAUUGAAAUACGUUUGCGAGCGAAUUUCUGCGAUUCGUUAAGACUUAGAGAAGACACUCGGUGUUCAAAUUAUUAGUUUGUAGUUUAGAAGUAGAAAAAAAAUGUUUCAUAAGACUUUUUUGUUUUUAAGCACAACGUCAAACUAACGUCACCCGUUCUCGUUUCGAGAUGUGUAUUGCUACUGCAAGCGACACUGUUUUUUUUUUUCUUUUUGUUUUCUUCUUUUUUUCUUUUUUUUUUUUUUGUGCUCUCUUGCAUUAAUUCUUUUGGGACAUAUAUACAAGCGGAGAGCAGACAAACGACGCGCAAAUCCUGUAGACUUCAACAACGGAAAAAUCGCUGCACAAGCAGGGUCGCCGCGGGAAGAAUUUGCCUGCUAAUUGAAAAUCGAACGCCACGUUGCGUCGUGUGCGCGCGCGAGCAAUCGCGCGAAAUAAUAACGCGGUAAAAUCGGGGAACAUUAAUGGGCAAAAAAUGUCUACGUUCGAUUAAAUUUAAUAUCCAUCAGAAUCGAUUGCAUCAACGGCGAUUAGCGCAGUUAUUCCCCCGUGACAAUAUUUAUCUUUUUUCCUUAGUAUCCGACGCUUCUGAAAAGUAAUAGAAUUUCCACGAUACGCUGUGUGUAUAUAAUAAGAGAACUAAUCCACUUAUUUGUUAAUAACUCGAUUCGCUGGAGGAAAGAGUAGAAAAUACGCGCGCUCGGAAAAAAAAAAAAAAAGGAAGCCAAAAACUGUGAUGCAUGAAAUGCAAAGUAUUCAUUAUUGAAACCUUUUGCAACAAAACGGUUUAUUACACAAUUAACGUGACACAGAAAUGUUGCGUUACACGUUACGUGAUCUUUUGUUUUUGUUCUUGAAAUCAAAAAAGAAAAUGCGAAAAAGAAACUAGUUUCGCACAUAAAACAAAAGUAGCGCCGCGAGAUGUCUUCGAACGUGUCGCUGAUUUUGUGAAUCGCACACAAAAAACUAUUAUAUUUCACUCGUAUAAAUAAUCUAGUAUAGUAAAAUAAAUUUAGUGCCUUUUAAAUCUCCGUCUUCCACGCCGCGUCAAUCAACGAGAGACCGGUAUUGUGCGAGAGAUAUACACUUGCCUUUUUGGCACACAAAUGUUAUGUAUAUGUAUAUUGUAUAUUUGACAAUCACUACGUGUAUCCUCGAAACGACGGGACCAAAUUGUUGCUCACGAUCGCAAUUAGAUAUUUUUCUACGAAUUUUAUCAUUAGCGAAAAUAAUAAAUUUAAGUUAUUAGGUUGCCGUAUCACCGGCGCCGACUAAACGUUGGCACGUUUAGUUUGUUGUCGACAUUAAUCAUAAGAUAAUUAUGUUUCUAACAUUAGGAUUAUUACGAAGAUAGACGACGAAAGAAAACAAGCGCUUUUUUGCGCGAAAACACGCGCAUUUUUGUUAACAUUCCAAAUCUGAUUACACGGAAUAAUCGCAUUUAUGAAACGAAAACUCACGAACAUAUUCUUUUCUUGUUAAAAAGUGUUAAAGCUAAAGUGAAGAAAGAUCUGAACGAUGAUUUAUGAAACGCGCGAGAAUCAAACCGAGUGAAGGAAGUAUGUCAGACAUUAUUAACGAAAAAAAAUAGUUGAUUUAUGUAAGUGACGCGAUAAUUUUUUUUUUUUUUUUUUAACGAAAUCGAAACGCGCGUGUAAUUUGUGUACGUAUAGCGAAGUAUUGCUUGCAAAUCUUAAGCGAUCGUUGUAGCUUUACAUGACGCUUCUCUUAUUUUAUUAACGGAAUAGCACGAGCGCGCGAAAUAAAUGCGCGAAUAAAUAUUCCGAGAUAAAAACGUAAAUGGAAGUGGAGCAAAGCAUAUAAAAAGCUACAUCUAAAUAUAAUAUCGGCUCGAUUCGCCGCACGCAACUUAAAGUGUAAAAUCUUGAUAACGACAGAUUAUCUCCCAUUCGGCCUCUGGUUCAUAUAUUUAUUCAUAAAAAUAACAUAUAGCGACUUGGCGUGUUAUUUUUUUUUCUUUUUACACACCCUACGCGUACUUCGCUCUCCGCAAUGAAACUUAAAUUACCCCAACUGCGAAAUAUACAUCUUGAUGCGGCGAUAUGUCAUCGUGCGCGUUGCGUCAGAGUUAAAGCGGGCUCCGCCGCGCUCGUGCGGCUCUCUCUCUCUCUCUCGAAAUACUUUUUUUUUUUAUGCUAAAACCAGGCAUACUUUCCUCACACGCGUUUAGCUCUCGCCUCGUCCGUGUGAAAAAUUCCAUUCCAUAAAACGAAUAAUGGUAAUACUUGAAAGUGACGGCGACGAAUGAUAUUAGAUUACUCCCGCCGCCGAAGCGUGUCGCGCGCGCGCGCGUUAUAUUUCUAUUGGUGUGUAUUCGCAUCCUGCGCGCGCGGUAACGGAGGGAGGAUUUAAAAAAAAGAAAAUAAAAAAAAAAAAAUAAACGACUCAAUUACGCGCGAAGCACAGAGCGGACGUUAAUAGGGUACACUUUAGACGGCCGACUUUUUGCGGCAAUUAUCGAUUGCGACGUGUGCUGUGUUCGUCGAAUAUCACCCGGCAAUGAGCAACUAACAUCCAGCAAUUAUCGAUCAACGUGCGGCAAUUAAUAUCGCGGAUUCGUCGAUCCCCGAGACCUUUUCUCGCGAAAGAACGCGAGUAUGCCGAUUUUCUCGACGAGAAUAAUUGCAGUCGAGAUGCGAAUCGAAUAGAAGAAAAAUUUCGUCGAAAUCAUUAAAACUCAUGUUCCUACGUCAUAUAUAAUCGUCAUUAUUCGUUAUAAAAAGAGUGAUAUAUUAAUGAAUUAUUGUUAAUUAAAAAAAUCAUUCCGAUACACGUUUCGAUCGGUUUUUUUUUUCCGAUUGUGUUAAGUGCAAGCUCUCUCCGCGAGUGGAAAAACGACACCUUACCUCUUCUCGACGAACGCGUUGGUGUUCUUUUCGCGUCACAUUAUCGCCGAUUGUCGCCCUCCGAGGACUUGCAGCUACGUGUAUUUACGAGCGGGACGUUAAUUGAAUCCCAGCGAGAACGAUGUAAUAUUAUAUUGGUGUUAUCGCGCGCGUCCAACGCUAAAGGUGCGCGACACGCCGAGUGCAACAUAAGCGAGGCGCGUUUAAAACCGAGAAAGAAAAAGAAGGCAAAAGGAAUUACAAGAGAAAAUUAAGUGCGAAUGAGCGGUAUUAAAAUAGGCGCAUGCGAUAUUCUCUGAUAGAAUAUCGAGAGGACAAUACUCGCGACGGCCGUAAAACGGCCGCGUUUAUAUUACGAUGGUGCUACCGCGUAAAGUUUCCUCGCGAGCUGUAAAAUGUAAAUUCUGCGAAAUUUUGCGAACAAUUUCUCAGAGGUAGCAAGAGCGAAUUUCUCAUUGUGCCGCAUAUAUUGAGAAGAACUAGAUUUUUUUAAUAAAUAAUCGUUCGGGACACAUGUAUGUCGAAAGUAGAAGAAGUUCUUUAACUGUAAAUGCGCUUUCAAAGUUUUCUCGAAAAAGCGAGAAUCCACAAAAAAAAAAUGUACUUAGUAGUUUUUCUUUACAAGAAAAUCUUUACGCGCGAAAUAAGCGACAUUAAUAAUUGCGAAUGCACUGAGGUUUUCAAGUUUAAGAUUUUCGCAUUCUCGCGGUAUAUUUCAGCAACGUUUUUGUUAUGAUUCGAUUGCGCGAGAAAACAUCGUCGAAUGUGACAAACAAACACGUGCGCGAUUUUAAAGUGUUAAACGCGCCGCGAGAAUGCGAGUCUAAGAAUAGACGGAAUAGCCGCGCGCACGUUUUCCUAUGAAUUGUAUUAAUUGUCAAAUUGGUCAGGAGGCUUAAUUAAAGCCAAUAACUUAACUAUUAAAUAAUCGUUGCGAAUUGAGGCCGGCCAUACGUGCCAUACACAAGCGGCGGAAGUUACUGUAGACGCUGCCGGAUAUUUCUUUCAUCUCGUUAAGUUCUCUUUUUCUUGUGAAUUCUUUUCCGUUUUCUUCUAGAUAGUUUUUUUUUUGUUUU